CACGUCGCAAAUACCGAAUCAAGCCCUUACCAUAAUCGAUCAAGAUGGUUCUCGCAGUUGAUCUCCUCAACCCCACCCCGGCCGCUGAGGCCAAGAAACACAAGCUUAAGCAGCUCGUUCCCGCUCCGAGGUCGUUCUUCAUGGAUGUCAAAUGCCCCGGUUGCUUCACCAUCACCACCGUCUUCUCGCACGCAAACACCGUCGUUGUCUGCCAGGGCUGCUCGCAAGUUCUGUGCCAGCCGACUGGUGGAAAGGCGCGGUUGACCGAGGGUUGCUCUUUCCGACGGAAGUAAACAACCACCGGCGAUGCGGAAGUGGAUUGACGGUUUACGACAAUGAUUGAUGAGACAGGGUUGUAGAUCUCAUUGGUACCGAUCGGCUCGACCGCAGGAUAGAAGAGGGAUCUUUCGACUCGGGUCAAGGCAAAAA